UUUCCAAAAUGGUGGAAAACUGUACAAUUCAGUUGCCUGCUACCGUAAUAUGUUUACCUUUUUGACAACUAUGGUUUUAUGGUGAAAAUUGUGUGUAACAGAAUCUGGAGCUCUUCACAAAAGUGAGGAACUAAAAACUGAGCAUCAUGUGGCCAAUGCUACUGGACUACACCAAAGAUGAAUGCAAGCGAAUCUUGCGGCGUCUUGAACUGGAAGCCUAUGCAUCCAUCAUUUCUGUGUUCAGAGCACAGGGCGAUCUCAGCAAAGACAAGAAGCAGUUACUACAGGAACUUCAGCAAACUCUGAGUAUCUCGACUGAAAGGCACAGGGCUGAAGUUCGAAGAGCAAUCAAUGAUGAGAAACUUGCUACUAUUGCAGACAAUAUUGCAGGUUGUAUGAGCACAGCAGAAUGGAUGGUAGAAGGACGUCGCCUCGUGCCUCUCAUGCCCAGACUGGUGCCUCAGACAGCGUUCACAGCCACGGCCAAUCAGGCCGCCAGCGCAAUGAUGGAGAAGAACGCUUCUCUCCCUCCUCCUUCUCAGACAUGGAACAAAGAUGGACCAACCGCAGUGUUGCCUAAGCCAACACGGUCUUCCAGCCCCUCAUCAAAUGUUGUUGUACUGCCCAGUGGAACUUCAAUUCACAUAAAAGGAAUGUUGAACCAGGAGGAAGAUGAAGAACUGGGAGUGCCGGCCCGACGGGGGAGCAACAGAAGUCUGUCCACGGAUAGCCAGAACGCCGCCUCCGUCUCCACCCAGACCCCUCGUCUCACCUUCACGACAACCCCCAGCACAGUGCCAGGGACGUCGCCGGUCAAGAUCACCAUCAGUAAAAGUCCCCAGGGUCGACCAAUCAGUGUUCAGUCCAGCUCUCAGCCUCCAAAAGUUAUUCUGGUGACCAGUGCUGGAGCAGCCUCGGGUACCACCGUCAUUCAACGCUCGGUGUCGGUUCCAGUAGUGAAAACUCCGCCCACCUCCCUGACCACCCUCAGUGGGGGUCCGGGCCCCGCGCGACCCACGGUGCUGGGUACGGGGAUUGCCUCCACGGCCCCGCCCACGCCCCAUGCCGUGUCAAACUAUUCUGCCGUGGUCACAACUACGAGCAGUGCUAGCCUUGUUUCCACUACUGUUACAAUGCCUACCUCUGUCAUUGGCUCUUCCUCCGCCAUGUUCAGUCCGUCAGUGCAAAUUGGACUGGGAAAAGUGAGACCAAGGAUAGUGCCACGACAACGUUAUCCUACCAUGAUUCCCCAGCAGAAGCCAGGGGUGGUCAUCCCGAUGGGCCCACAGCUGAUGUCCCCGGCUCACAGCGUUAGCACAGCCUCCGGUCAAGUUGGUCAGCCCUCGGGGCACGCCUCCGCAGGCAUCCAGAUGAACCCGGCCCAGCAGAGCGGCAGCAGCAGUAUACAGGUCAAGACCUUGAGCAAACCCACCAUUCAGAUCAAACAGGAAGGAGGAAUGAAGAUCAUCACUCAGAGCGGCACCAGCAAGAUAUUGCCCAAGCCUCAGAUAUCUGGCAGCAGCGGAGGGACCCCCGUGGUCAUGGUCAACACGGGCCAAUCCACAGCUGGCUCUUCUGUCAUGCCCCGCUCCAUUUCUACAUAUACAGCUCACUCUGGCGGCAAAGUUCUGAACAUUACCACUCCGGGCGGUAGGGUCAUCGCCACGACGACCAAGGCAACUAAUGUGGUGACUGUCAACCCCAAGACCCUCCACCUCACCGCGGUCAAGUCUGGCUCAGGGAGCACCACUGUGUCAAAACCAAAUGUGAUUGUGGUUCAAAAGACUCAGCAUCCUCGUUUCCAGAACCCGAUGGGGCAUAGUACGCCUAAUAUCAGGACGCUGACAACCUCAAACCUUCCAGGAGCAAUUGAUAAGGAGCUGAUGGGGCUGGUCCACAAGGACUCGCAGGGUCGACAAAUUCUGACUGCCAGCCCGCAGACCAUCGGUACGAGCAGCACGGGGCGGGCCGGGGAACGUCGAGUGAUCAUCACCACCAGCGGGGGAAGUGGGGAGGUGAAACAGCCUGUGUCCAUCAUCCAUCGUGGUCGAGCAGAUAGUGAGGGGAAAUCGUCCUUGCUGGCUGAACUGAUUCAGGCGGCCGGUAUAAUGCCUUCUGAUGCGGCUGUGGAGACUACAGCACAAGGCACAGACCCGUACGAAUUCGAUCACCAAGAAAGUCUUCCGCAGCCCCCGUCUGUCUCGGUAGCAACAGUAGCAGCAGCAACAGCAACAGCAGCACCUGUCCCUCCCAGUCGGCAGAUAGUGCAGCCCCGCAUUGUACAGCAUCUCCCCCAGCAGCAAGCUCUCCCUCCUGCCGUCCAGCCAGAGAGAGUCGGGGAUUCGGUGGACGGAGAAGUGGAACAAAACGUCGUCAGCUUCUCCGUCACUGCCGAGGAGCACAGGGUAAACCAAGACAGAGAUACUCAAGCAGAAAAAGUUCUGAUGUUGGAGCAAACCAUGUCCUUGUUGAACAAAGAGUAUGUGGAUAUUGCCGAGGAGCCUGAAGCCAUCCAUGUCAGUGUGUCGUCGUCCAGCUCCGUCAGUUCCUCCACCUUGUUGCCCACCGUCGUGUCGGCCACACCGGUCGCUGCUGCCCCCGUGGCUCCCUCUCUUGGACAGCCCAAGGUGAGCAUUUUGUCAGCCGCUCCCAAAGCCAAUCCAGAACCGGUGAAAGGCCCCACCAGACUUCCUGCCUCUGACGGCGAUACAGUGAAACCAGAUGUUGUGCCUGAUGUCCCAGAGGAGGGUCUGAAGGAAGGCCAGCUGGACACUCAGACGGGCCUGUUCUACCAGGUCGGGCAGCCCAGGGAAGGCGCAGUGAAGACGCAGGUCUCCUCCCUCUCGCUACACGCAGCGGUGACCGUCUCCGCUCCGCACCUGCAGCCCACCGCGGUGCUGCCCAUGCCCCCCGUGACUACUGCGAUGGUCGUGGCGGGGACGAGCCAGCCCCCGCUGGUUUUAGCCUCGCUGUCCAACGUCUCCUCCUCGUCCCAGCCCCCUUUGGAUUUGCUCAGCAGUUCCCUCGCUGAAGCCCAGAUCGACUUGGACCCGUUCAGUGAAGACAACAGUAACUCCAGUACGUCUGUGAUUGAGAGUCAAGGCCAACUGUCUGGGUCAAGUGCAGGUCACAUUGGCGGAGAGACUGCGGUGAACUCUCGCCCAGGCAUGGCGGAAGUGCUGAGGGAAGAGACAGCCAAAGACGGGACUCGGAUCCUCACGGUGUCCAACCCCGCCUCGUCCCAACAGGAAGUGGCGGUGGCCCCUCACGGCAGCAGCCAGCUGGUGUCCCUGCCCUCCCAGCUGACGCGCUCCACGUCCCUGCCCUCCACACACAGCUCCACCUCCCCCUCCCCGUCACAGUCCACCGCCUCCUCCAUGUUCAUUCCUGUGCAGGACGUGGCUCGGCCGGCGGUCAAGACCAACGCCAGUGUCAGUAUCAUCCCUCAUGUUCCACAGCAACAACAACAACAGCCUUUGCCGAGUCUGAAGCCCAUUCCACAACCCAGCGUGAUGCCCAUCGCAGUCAGCGUGGAGCCAUCGCCGUCCGUCAUCACCUUCAAACUGGACGAUCUCACGGGGCAGAGGAUUAGCGGAGGAGAACAGGACAAUGAGGAACUGGAGACCAGCAUGAGUAUUCGAGUGGCUGACGUGGAGUCCCUGGACUCGCUAGCUUCCCUCACGGACUCUGUGACCUCUGGCCACACAGAGGAGUUUGCUGGCUCAGGGGGAGCUGCUGCGGCCAGUGUGGACUCCCACUCCAGCGACAGUCAGAUGUCCUCAGACCCGGCCAGCCUAGUGCGCAGCAGCAAGAGGAAGCGCAAAAACCCCCUGGGAUUGGACGACCCGGGGCCGGCCACUCCGGGCAGCUGGAUACGGACAGCGUCCAGUUUGCUGAUGAAGAUCUCCAGAUUUAAGGGAUCUCCAAGAGAUAGAACGGAAAUACCAGCGGCCGAAUGGUUUACCUUUCCAGUUGACCCCCAGGAUGCCCCUGAUUAUUAUACUGUCAUUCAAACUCCAAUGGAUUUCUCCACUAUGAGGAAAAAACUUGAAAAUGGCCAGUACAGCUCAUUCGAGGAGUUUCAGGCGGACAUGGAACUGAUCCGCACCAACUGCUACCUGUACAACAGCGAGGGCACCAAAGUGCGCUGCGACUGCGACGAAGUCAUGACCUUCUACAGGUCGGAGCUGGCCAAACUUCAGGAGAAGCAAGCUAACAAGACUUUCAUGCCGAACUCUUCACCCUUGAAAAGACCACGAGUGGAGGAAAAGAGCAGCCAAAAACUUUGAUCAAAGUUUUGGAUAUCAUAGUAAAAAAUUCUAACCCCACCAUUGCCUCGUGACGUACCUGGUUCAUCGCACAAAUGCGUAAUUUUUAGCUUAUAGCUGUACCAUGGACAUCGUGGAAGUUGACAAAAUUUGCCGUUCCUAGUUGCCUAUAAGACCUUACAUGUAUGUGUCGCAAACCCUCUGCCUUUGAUUCUUCUGUACGGAGAUUUAGCCACAAGCACAGCGUUGAUUCAUGUAGGGGAAUAAAGUGUGCAUAUCAGUACCAAACUUGCUAAUCCUACCGUUGUUUACUGCUAGGCUUGCAGACAAUCAAUAAACACAGGUCUAGUCUUGUUGACAACCACAUGCUCUCGUGAAACGUAAACACCAAAAUGACUUUAAAAAGGCAGAAAAUUCCAUCAUGUUUUGACUUAUUAGAUUUGCAAGUCUUCUCGAAAUUUUGAGUAAGAUAGCCAGGGAAUAAAAGGAAUGAGGAAAAUAACACUGUCGAAGGCCAGGGGUCCAAAAUAUGUCACAAGUGGGCUAGAUCUCGACCUUGAGUCCACUAACUCUGAGACAUGAGACCGCUGUCCCGGCUAAAGAUCUUACUGGAAAAUCAGCGCUGACAGUAGGAACUCACGCCCCCCCCUGGCAACGAAGGGGUUGUUGUAAUCCAAGUUUUAGAUGUCUAGACACUUGUGAAUAAAUUAUAAAACUCUUUCAUUGCUAGUAUGAAUGCCAUAAUAUUUUGUUUUAGAUGGUGUGAUUGAAAGGUACAGUUUAAUUUAUUCCUAGAGUCUAGAGGCUGUCAGUUCUGUGUUGAUCUGCAUUUAUUUUGUCUCGGUGUCUUAAUAAGGAUAGCUUGCUGCAGUGAAUGUUGAUUCAGAUUCUCUGCCUUGUCUGCUUUUGAGAAUGGAGUGCAUGAUCUCUACUAUGCUGUAAUAAUAUUGAUACUUGUAAUGGCAUUUCCAAACAGUAUGAGAGAAAAAAGUGUUUUCAUGUUCAAUUUGAUUGUCUAAAUAAUUUUAUGCGGGGAAAUGAGCCUACUACUAUAGGAAGGGCAGAGCUGCUGUUGAUAAGGUGCAGUUAAAGCUUUGAAAUGAAUAGAACUUGCAUGAGUAUUUAUUCUUGUGAAAAAUUUCUCUUGGGGUCUUGUUACCAAGCUCAAAGCUUCACAUUUAUUUUCCAGUAGUUUUCUGGCUGGGUAUUUACUAUCUAGUAUGGUUGUUUGUUGAUUGUAAAUUCUUCAUGAAAUGUACUUAUAUUUUUAGCUAGGGUCGAAAAUAAUUUUGGAUUUUGCUACUGUACAGUUUAUGUAAAUAUGAAUCCAACAUGUGAAUGACCACCCACUGCCCCCUUAUCAUUGUAUCUACAUAAUAAUAUACUCAUUACAGCAAUUGCAUUUCAUUGCGUUUGUGAAUUGUGAAUAACAGUCUUUUUCUACUAUCAUAA